AUGACUGCAAGAAUAGUUUUCCGUAUCUCCGUCCUGGUUCUCCUGCUUUGCAGCGCAGUAACUCAGAAAUGUCCUGGAGGUGGUCCAUCGGAGAGAUCCAUCUUGGGCUGGAUGUUACAGGGACACGUGUACGACACUCUUCUCGCUGAACGUCCGUUUACCUGCGUAUUGAAGUGUCGAGAAGAUAAUCGAUGCCAAAGUUUGAACUGGGUUAUCUCUCUUCUAACGUGCGAGUUAAACAACAGGACAAAGGAAGCCAGGCCUGAGGACUUCAUUCCGAACCCAGACAGAUCUUACUAUCGACGUGAUUUAGAACGAGGUGAGCCUGCAUGAAGUAAAAACUAUGCAGGAUUAAAAGUAAACUGAUAAAAUAAACACCGCUUUUAACCUUUCAGUUCCACUGGGCUCGAUUCAAGAACUACCAGCUGAGUCUUGCGACGAAAUAAAGAGGAGUGAAGGACACGCUGUCAGCGGGAAAUACUGGUUUUCCACAAUAAAAUCUGGUACAUCCGUUCUGGCUUAUUGCAAUAUGGAUGCCAACGGU